AUGAGUUUAAAUCCGAUAAAUGAAAUUGGCGAGUCGCCUCGAUCAACAAUUAACUCUUUAAGUACGUCAACUACGUCCUCAGCGUCAUCAUUUUCACAGCACCUUCGUGCACCUAUUAGUACAAGUUUACCAUCAUACUCUUCUUCAGCUUCAACUUAUGUAGGACCUGUACCGGAAAGAACAGAGAUAGAAAUAGGAACCACUUUUCAUGAAAAAUCACUUUCCACCGGGUCAAUCUCUGUUAAAGACAAUAACUCAGUAACAUCAAUGCCGUACAUACCACAAACAUCAUCAAUUUCAAAUCAUAAAAUUAAUAAUGUUUAUGAUACACCUGUAACUUCAAAAGAUUUGGAAAAGAUGGAACAGGGAGGACAACAACAUGAUACUUGGGGUUCAUUGGUGGUAAAAGUCUUGCCAUUGUUUAAUGGCGAAGGAUUAAAAUUGUGCAUUGAGGAUUUGAAUGAGUUAGUAAGGCGAUGCAUAAGUGAUAGGUCAACACAAUUACUCUACGAAGAAAUAAACGAGCUUUUAGAGUCAGGAAUGUUUACGUUGAAUGGAAAAUUAAUAGGUGUUCCAGAUGAAAAAUUGGUCUCUCGUUUGGUUGAAUUAUGGUCAUUUUAUUUUGGUACCGUAAUUCCGUAUUUCGAGGGAGUUUUUCUCCCAUUACAAAUACACAAUUCCACUGCACAACUAAAUCAUACAAGUAUUAGACGUUUGGUAUUAAUGAGUUUUCGUGAUCAUGUGAUUUUGCCCAUGGGCAAUCGUGUAGAAGAGGCGUUCAAUAAAUUAUUUCACGAUUUUGAUUCCGGUAUUCCAGUAACAGAUACAGCAACUCGUAUGCUACAAAUGUCAUAUAUUUUAUCAUCAGUUCUUUCUGAUGAUGAUAAACAAAGAGACAUGGAUAGAAUUUUAGGUAAAUUAAAAAAUAACUGGAAAUUAUUCAUGAGAAGGAGGGACAGAAGAGUGACCAUUACUUCUGAUAAUCUUGUUACAACUCCAACAACAAUAUCUAAUCCUGCAGGUGACUUUCCUUCCAUCACUUUGUAA